AGCACAUAACACAUACAUACAUAUUGUACAUACAUAAGAAAAUAAAAAAAAUAAAAAAUAAAAAUAAAAAAAACAAAAAAAGAAACAACAAAAAAAAGAAAGACAUUUUUCCAACUUCACUUCAGUUUGGUCUCUUAUUUACUAAUGACUUUUUUCUUUAAAGUUUUUUCUUACAAGAGAUAAAUUCUUUAAUACAACUUUCUUUCUUCUAUUCAUCUAUCAAAACGUAUUAUCUGGUCUAAGUUCAGUCCAGUCAAAGUCAAGUUCAGUCAAAGUUGAAGUCAAGUGUAACGUCACGUCACGUCGCUCGUUGACCUUUGAACUCGUACUUUUAAAACUGUCAAAAAAAAAGCCCAUUCCGCACGGCAAUAUAUAUCCAUUCUAAUUAUCAAUUUAUCAAUUCAACAAUUACAUUUACAACAACAGUUUCAUCCCUAUAUAUCAUUCAAUCAAUUAAACUAAAAGCAUAUAUCAUAAGAAAAUCCAUCGAUUAGUAUGAAACCUCUUUCUAAUCAUUUGAAAAAUCCAAAAUUUAUCCCCAAUAAUCCCUCCCCUCUAUCCUCGCCAACGAUAUCAAAUAAAUCUUCAUCAACUUCGUCUUCAUCAUCAUUAACUUCAUCUAAUUUAUCUAAAUCAAACUCACAUCCAUCAAAUAGUCAUAAUUCAACUGCUUCUUAUGAUGAUUUAAGAUCAGUUUCUCCUUCUCCAAAGUUAGUUUUACCAUCUUCAAUAAUACAGAAAAAGUUUAAUCAUAAAAUACGACAAGAAAAACAUGAUAAUAUACCGACAACGACAACUAUAAAUACCUCCACCACCCAUAAUGACUCUAAUGAAAUAAAUGCUAAUGACAACCAUCAUGUUGAUGAUACCGAUAAUGAAUCUGAUUCUGAUUUCGAUUUCGAUUACAAUAAUAAUGAUAAUUAUGAUGAUAAUGAUUCAACUACAGUACACUAUAACAUACCACCUGAUUUAUUUAAUCGUUUACAAACUUUCCCCUUAUUUAAAAAGGCUCCAAAAUCAUUUCUUAAUAAAGUGGCUUCUAAAUUAACUUUAAUGCAAUAUCAUCCUCAAGAAUAUAUCAUUAAAAAAGGUGAUCCCUCGAAAUCAAUGUAUUGGAUCUUAAAAGGUACAGUAAGUGUUACAUCGACUGAUGGUGAAUCUAUUUAUGCUGAAUUAGCAGCUGGUAGUUUCUUCGGUGAAAUUGGGAUUUUAUUUAAUCGUCCAAGAACCGCCACAGUUGUAGCUAGAACAAGAGUCUUAGUUGGAGUAUUAACUUCAGAAGCGUUAAAUCCAGUUUUAAAUCAUUAUCCAUUAAUUGAAAGAAGAAUUAGAGAUGAAGCUCAAGAACGUUUAGCUAUGCAAGAAAAAAGAGUCAAAUAUGAUUUACCAACUUUAAUCCCAACAGAACAAUCAAACAGUAAUAACAAUAAUAAUAAUAAUAGUAACAAUAGUAACAACAAUAAUAAUGGUAAUAUUGCCACUUCAUCUAAAAAUGGUGUGAAUGCUAGUACUUUAGCAACUCAAGCAUCUAUGAUUCCAGGUCCAGUCUUACCACCAAUUUCAAAUAGUCCAUCUCCUUCAAAUUUACCAUCAAAUAAUAUUAUCGAUUCAUCACUUUCAAUCCAAGAUUUUAUUAAGAAUUUACCAAUAUUUCAAAACUUACCAUCUAAAAUUAUUCAUAAAGUUGCUUUAGGAAUUGAACCAUUGAAAUUUAAUCCAUUUGAAUAUAUUAUCCAUAAAGAUGAUACUGAUUCUGAUAUUUUCUUUAUUAUUAAUGGUGAAGUGGAAGUCAUCGAUCAUAGUUAUAAUAAACUUGGUAAUUUAGUUGAACAUACUUUAGCAAGAUUAAGUUCAGGAAGUUAUUUCGGUGAAAUGUCAUUCCUUGCCUUUUUAAAUGGUGAAUUAACUACCAGAAGAAGUGCUUCAAUUAGAUCUAUUUCAAAUUUGGAAUUAUUAGUGGUAAAAUCUGAUAAAUUGGAAAAAUUAUGUAUUAAAUAUCCAUUCAUUAUUGAAGAUAUGAGAAAAACUGCUGAUGCUAGAAAUAAAUCAAAUAAUUCAAUCCAUGAUAAUGUUAUUAAAACAAGAUUAUCCAUCAAUUAUUUAAUCAACCAACAAGAUUCUUCAGCAUCAGAAAUUGCAACUGUUACUCCAUCGAAUCAAAGACCAAUUCCUUCUCCUGAAAUGUCUCGUUCUCCAUCUCCAUCAUCCGCCAUAGUUUUACACCAUCCCCAAAGUCAAAGAAUUGAAGCUGUUCCAUCAUUAUUUUCAUCUAAUUUUAGUUUUGGUAAUCCAACCUUAGAAGCUGCUCCACCUGUUCCAGAUAACAAAAGAUCUCGUUCAAUCUCACCUAUCACUAAUCUUUCACCAUCAAUCUCACCUGUAUCAUCAUUUGACAUGAAUAGAGAAAGUACAAGAGCUACCUCAAUCAAUGAAGAUCUACCAUUCAAUUAUAGAAAGAGAAAAUCAAUUUCUCAAGGUCAAGAAAUCAAUCUUUCAAUGCCUCCAUUAAAUCCAAUUGUUUCAUCAAUUAAUAAUUUCCAAAAUUUCAAUGGACAAAAUUCUCAACUUAUUAAUGGUAGUAAAUUCCAAUAUUUACCUCAUAAUAAAAGAAUCAGAUUAGCCAGUGUUAGUAGAAGAAGAUCAUCUAUCUUAAGUAAUAAUGGUCCAUUGCCAGAUACUCUUUUAUUGAAAGUAUUUGAAUUCUUAACUUUACCAGAAUUAAUGAAAUUAAGAAUCAUUUCAAGAAGAUGGAGACAAUUAUUAUACGUUGCUCCAAAUCUUUGUAAUAAUCUUGAUUUAACUCCUUGGAAUACUUCUGUUGAUGAUAAGGCUUUAAUUUCAAUCACUGAUUUCGUUGGUUCUAGACCAACUACGAUCAAUAUCUCCAACUGUUUCCAUAUUACUGAUGAAGGUUAUAGUUAUAUGGUUAAUGAAAUCGGUAUUAAUGGUAAGAUUAAAGUCAUCAAGAUGAAAUCAAAUUGGGAAGUUAGUGCUAUGGCAAUUAUGGAUUUAACUGUUCCAAGUGUUGGACAAUAUCUUGAAGAAAUUGAUUUAUCAAAUUGUCGCAAAGUUCGCGAUAACGUGAUUGAAAGAUUAAUCGGAUGGGAUUUAACUCAUGAUGAGGAUGAUAACAGUGGACAUAAUGAAGUUGAUAAUGAUUAUGAUUAUGGUUGUAAAAACUUGAAGAUCUUGAAUGUUGGUUAUUGUAAACACUUAGCUGAUAAUGUUAUGAGUCAUAUUGCUAAUCAUGCUAAUAAGAGAUUAGAAAGUUUAGAUUUAACUAGAUGUACUGCUAUUACAGAUAAAGGUUUCCAAUAUUGGACUUAUAAAUCAUUCCCAAACUUAAAGAAAUUAUCGUUAAAAGAUUGUACCUUCUUAAGUGAUAAAUCAAUUAUUUCAAUUGCUAAUGCAGCUACCAAUUUAGAAAUUUUAGAUUUAAAUUUCUGUUGUUCAUUAACUGAUAUUGCUAUUGAAGUAUUAUGUAUGGGAUGUCCAAACAUUAGAGAGUUAGAUUUAUCAUUCUGUGGUUCAGCUGUUAGUGAUUCAUCAUUGGUGGCUAUUUCAUUACAUAUGAGAAAUUUGGAAAAAUUGAUUCUUAAAGGUUGUAUUAGAGUCACAAGAGCAGGGGUUGAUGCUUUAUUAAGUGGAUGCUCUCCAUUGAAUUAUAUCAAUAUAAGUCAAUGUAAAAACGCUCAUAUCUAUCCAGGUAGAAUUCCAGCUCAAAAAUUGAACAUUAAUCCACAAACUAAAUCUGCAUUCGUUACUGCUGGUCCAUUUCAAAAUAUUAUUGAAAUCGUUAUUUAAACAGGACAAUUAUAAAUGUAUUUUUUAAAUUCUGUAUAAAUAUAUAUGUAUAACUAGAAAAUAGACAU